ACCCUCCUGCCGCCGGCCCUCCUGCGUCCUUCCUGCCUGGCCCUGUCCAAUGACCUGGCCGAGGCGCUCCUGCGGGCAGUCGGCCUCCCUCCCUUGCUUGUCCCCUACCCGACCGGGUCCCCGGCCACCGGCAGCGGCGGUCCAGGCAGCACGACCGCCGGGGCGGCCGACCGCCGGACCCCGCGCGCCCGCGCCCCCGACCCCCUGCUGGACUACUGGUCGGACGAGGAUUUCUACGCCGGCGACCCGGAGGGCGAUCUCCUGGGGCCGGAUGUGCCGGAGCGCGGCCUGGCCGAGCGCUACAUCCGGGCCAUGGGCGGCGCGAGCACCGAGCUUGGGCCUGGGGCCGGCGGGACCGACCCCCGGCCCGGGGUGGCCCCCGGCGCGCCCGACGAUCCCCCGGGCGACCCGCUGGCCCUGGGUUCGCUGCUCGGGUCGGAUGCCGUGGCUCGGCUUCGGGCGUCCGUCGAGCAGGCCGGGGCCCGUGGCGCCGGGGGCUUUGUCCUCCGGUCGGACUUUGCCGACAUGUGCUACUGGAUGCUCCAAGUCCUGGCCGUGUGUCAGAAUGCCUCCACCGUGCAGGCAGACCCGGCGCUCUUGGCCCUGGCCGGCGGGUACGUCCCCCUGGGGCCAUGCCCAACGGCCGGGGGUCCGGCCGGCGCCGGCGCCACAGCCGCCGGGUCUCCGCCCUUCGCCCCGGUCGAUGGCCCGGCCAUCGUGCUCCUGCGCGACCUCUUCCGGUCGUUGGUCUAG